AUGUUUCAGUUCGUUUCGGAUAAUUACAAUACGUCGACUCAAGCAGAAUUUCCGUUUUCGGUUGAUAGUGAAGCACAACUUUCUUCGAUUCAAGGAGUUUAUACUGGAACGCGUAGUGAAUCCGUUCAAUGUAUAUUUGGAAGUCGACAACAGCUUGUACUUACAUUUAAAUCGAGUGCUGAUGCCCGUUUUCUCUAUAAUAAAUGGCUUGUAUCAGGUGCUAAAUUUGUUAAUGGUGGUCCAGUGUGGGAUUGUCGUAAUGUAACAACACAAGAAACAAUAAUCAUAUUUCAACGCAUAUCAACAUUUCGAAUAAAAAAUAUACAAGUAUUUAUCGAAACUUACAAGGAUACAAAUAUAAGUCCACUCAUAUGCUUUACCAAUAUUUCGAUGUACUUGACGUGGGAACAGGGUAGUGCAACAACCGGAAGAAAAACGACAUCACCACCCCCACGACAAACAAAAGUUCCAGUGGCUAACUUGAAAUCCCUUCGUAGUUCGUGGAGUUUCGAUCCACAAAGACCUCUCGGUGAUGAAAUCUUUUAUACUGGGCAAACCAUCGAAGUGAGUUGGUCAUAUUCGAAUAUGGAUCCAAAGACUAGUCUUGAAAUCGUACUUUACCGAAAACAGCUCUUAUUCGAUGCUGAAAUAAAUAAAAUAACUACACAAAUGAAUGUCCUUCAAUUAUCUUUUGUCAUUCCUGCUACUUUGGAAGCAUCAUCCAAUAAUCAAUAUUACUUCAAAUUUCGUUUUUCCCGCUUUUUGAUAUCUUAUUGGAAAUCUAGUGCUCUCUUCUAUAUUCCGACGCUGCCAUCGAUCAUUCCCAGAGAACCACCCGGAAUCAACGAAGUGUUUUAUCCAGGCGAUAUAGUACCAUUAUCAUGGCAGAAUGUGAAUUUUGUAGCAGCAUCACAAAUUACGGUACACUUUCGUCGAGCACGACCCAUAAUACCAGAUGCCACCUUAGCUACUUUCACUGUGUUGGCUACAGCCAAUGCUUAUAAUUUUACAAUUCCGACUUCCUUAGAUCGAGCUGAUAAUGAUAAAUAUUACUACUUCGAAUUCGACUAUUGUACAGCAAAAAGUAAUCAAUUUUCAAUUCCAACACAUGCAAUCGGAUCAUGGAAUUAUGAUGAACAACAAAGUCAAGCACUAGCAUCGAAAACGCUCUACUCGGCUUCAUGCAAUACUAUGUGUCCAACACGUGACAUAGAAUUGCUCUAUAUAUGCCAGAUGUGUGGUAAAGGACGAUCCAUCGGCAUGCAGGUGAAUUGUACAAAUUGUUGGGCUACGUUCGAUUACAGUAUUGUUCAAAUAGAAAUCGAACGCAAAGAUAAUUCACCAGCAUUAGAUAAAAUAGUAGUGCGCAUGAAUUCUCAUGUUUCCGUUAAUCUUGAUUUCUCUAUUCGGGCCGAUUAUCAACAUAGUUUUGAUGGUUGGUUACCUCUACCAUCUAUUCCAAUCGGUCCAUCCAUCCAAGUUUCUAUUGGUUCGCUUAGUUUUGGUGUAGGACUGUUUUUUGCUCCGUCCAUAUCGUAG